AUGAUCUUCUUGCAGCUUCGCCUUCACCCCGUCUACUACAGUGUACCCCUCGUCUUCGCAUCCACCUUGUCCCAUCACCUUCUGCAGACACGUACUCCCUCUGUUGUACCGUCAUACACCACCAAUUUCAUCAUGGCAUCUGCUAAAGACUUCAAGAUCGUGUUGGCCGGUCAGUUCGGCACCGGCAAGACCACCUUUGCCACCCGCGUCAAAUCGGCAAAGUCCGAUUCCAAGGAGAUCAAGGCGCUCAAGACGACGCAGUACCCCGUCACGCUUCAGACUUCGGCUGGCUCGGUGACGCUUAGACUCUUCGACACCAACUUGCACGCCAAGGGAGGCAUCCCUGACGACGGCUUCUUCCGCACCGCCGAUGCUGCCAUCGUGUUCUUCGACCUGACCAAGGAAGGCAGCUACACCGCCAUGGAGGAGUGGUACGAUGCCGUCGUCAAGGCAAACGGACGCAAGGGUAGCGAGCCUCUCCCCGUCAUCGUCGUUGGCACCAAAGCCGACGACAUCAAAGGCCGAGACAUCAAGCCAGAAGCCAUCGAGUUCCCACGCAAGAAGGACCUUCCUUACCGCGAGAUCUCCUCGAAUGCCAACUAUGGUGUCAAGGAGCUCUUGCUCGAUGUCUGCAAAUCUCUUCUCGGCGACUCUGUUCAGCUCACGGAUGAGGUGGAUCUGGACAAGCCAAAGAUCGACAAGAUCGACGAGGAGCAGCUCGCCAAGUUGUUCAGCGAGUACGAGAAAGCGUCCAAGUGA